CAAAGAGAGACAGAGAGAGGUCAUCUGGUCUUCACGCACCCAGCAGAGCACACUGCUUUAUGGAACGGUUUCGUCAGUUGGGAAACUUGUUGUUAAAUCCAUUUUAAUUUUAAAUUUUGGAAGUUUUUUAUUGUUUUACAUGUGUGGUUUAAGUUGCCCUUGAUUUGUAGAAAUUGUUUGUAGUCUUGAAGAGUGUGUGGGUUACAUUUCGUUAGUCGUUUUGUCCGUUGAGGACGGGUAAACAUGUCCUCCCAACUGAACAAAGAGAACCAGAAAGCGGCCACGGCCGGCUUCACAAAACCUGGUUUCGGUUCCGGUACUGCUAAUGGACCAGCCGGAGGCCUUCGCGUCCUUAAGAUACCUGCCCAGCAGAGCGGCUCGAACACCGGAACAUCAACCGUCAAACCUCAACCGAAGAACGUGUUCAAACUGCCAGCACCACCCCAAGUUUCUUCCAGCGGCAGUAAAUUUCCCUCACAAUCGGCCCAACAUACGAACCAGGGCAAUAGUCAAUUUAAAAUGCCAACGGCUGUGAGCAAAUCCACCGGCGUUCCAGUACAGGUCCCUGCAGUGGUUCAAAGCACUUCCGGUAAUGAGCAACAACAGCAGCCGGAUCUAGAAAAUCUUGGAAGACCCUCCGGGAGCGGGGGUUCCAACGCUGAUUCGACUUCGACAGGAAGUGGUAGUAAUAACAAGCGGAUUUGGACCUUGAGCAAUUUCGACAUAGGCCGUCCCCUAGGUCGGGGAAAGUUCGGUAAUGUGUAUCUGGCCCGGGAGAAGGAAACCAAAUUCGUCAUAGCGCUCAAGGUGCUGUUCAAGAAGCAGAUCCACUCGCAGGGAAUCGAACAUCAGGUCCGUCGGGAGAUCGAAAUCCAAAGCCAUCUGCGCCAUCAGAACAUUCUACGAAUGUAUGGCUACUUCCACGACGACAUUAGAAUCUAUUUGAUCUUGGAGUUUGCUCCCGGUGGCACUCUGUUCAGCAAGCUGCAAACCCAGCCCGGAAACAAAUUCCCCGAGAAACAGUGUGCCAUCUACAUCAACAUGCUGGUUUCGGCCCUGAUCUAUUUACACGAGCGUAACGUCAUUCAUCGGGACAUCAAACCGGAAAAUCUGCUGCUCGGACACGGAGGGGAGCUGAAAAUUGCCGACUUUGGCUGGUCCGUUCACGAACCGACUUCGACCAGGACGACGCUUUGCGGUACCCUGGAUUAUCUGUCGCCGGAAAUGGUUCAGGGUAAUCCACACUCGAAGAAUGUCGAUCUGUGGAGUCUAGGUGUGCUGGCGUACGAACUGCUGGUCGGCCGUGCACCGUUCCAUGCCACGAGCUACGACGAAACGUAUAAUAAAAUCAUCAAGGUGCGAUAUCAGGUUCCUCCGGAGGUGUCCCGUUCUGCGGCCCACUUGAUUUCGAAACUUCUGGUCAAGGAACCGAGCCUGCGGAUGCAGCUAGAGGAUGUGGCCAAACACCCAUGGAUCAAGCUUCAUGUCGAUAGCAAACCUUGAUCGCCUUUUCAAUUAUAACGACUUAAAAUCUAUUAUGUCAGGUAUUUCAACUUAAGCGACUCUGAAUCUGUAGGAUUAUUUUAUGCGAUUUCAAUGUUCGGUUUCCGUGCAUUUUUAAUUUGUUUAGUCUAAGUUUCGAGAUCAGCCAAGAGAGAAAAAGGACUUUGUUUCAUAGCAGCAAUGGCAAAUGUAUAAUAAGGAAAGAAUAAACGUCUUCAUAAU